AGGUGAGGAAUGCUUAUCUCCGGGGCUUCCAUCGAAGGUGCUCGGCUCCACGCGCCACCGCCAACCACCGAGUCCCGAUCGUUCUUUUUCUCUGACGCAUUUGCUUCCCCCCUCUGACGUCUGCUGUAGAUCCCACGACUACGCAAUCAUCAACGGCAGGGAUAUCCGACACCAGCGGCACAUAAGCGCUCCCCAGCAUCCUCAUCAUCCACUCUCGUCUAUCCUUCGCCGCCGAAUGAAUGUCCGGGAUCCGCACUGAUCUUGCGCCUGGGGACCGAUAUCGCUCCGACGGUUUGAGCAGCGCUGGACUAAAAGGGAACCUAGCAGAGUCAUGGCCCUUGACUAAAGACACAACAACCAUGGCAGCUACUUCUGGAACGGGCUCGAUCCCAGUCCCGGGCGCCACGCAGAAAACGGAGGAUGUCUCGAUCGCUCAAAGGAUGGUUUCAGCCACUAUCGGUAGUUUCUUAACGAAUAUUCUAGUCACUCCUCUCGAUGUUGUUCGGGUUCGCCUGCAGUCCCAGUCGCUGGUCAAGAAUUCCUCACCGUUUACCUCGCACACAACCCAUACUUUGAAGAAUACCUUGAAGAACGCUCCCCCAAACCUUGGAGUAACCGCUUGUUGUCGAGAAGUUUUCUGGAUUGGUCAGAAUUCCCCGGUAUGCAUGCUUGGACCGGAUACGGGGGCCUUGGGGGCUACAUCGGUGGCAGACUGUGCAGUGGAAGAAACCCAGCGCAGGACGUUCACGUCAACCUUAGAUGGCUUGCGGAAGAUUGCUCGAAACGAGGGCGUGCUCACACUUUGGCGCGGGCUUAGUCCUACUUUAAUAAUGAGCAUUCCGGCGAACAUCAUCUAUUUCUCUGGGUACGACUGGCUGCGCACCGAUGACAGGAGUCUAGUGAAGAGGUUCUUCCCUGACGCCUACGCCCCGUUAGUCGCAGGUUCAGUUGCUAGAACAGCAGCGGCGUCGGUUAUCAGUCCGAUUGAAAUGUUCCGCACGCGCCUACAAGCCACUCCUGGCACCGGUGCGGGGCAUUUUAAGGCUACUUUUGAAGGCCUACACCAGAUGGCUCAGACAGAAGGUUACAGUUCGCUGUGGAGAGGACUGACGCUUACUAUGUGGCGCGAUGUGCCUUUCUCCGCGCUUUAUUGGUGGUGCUACGAAGAAAUCAAGAAAUAUCUGAUUGACAGUCGGAAGAAGUCCUACUCGCAUUCUCUGCCGCCUGGGCUUUCAUCUGCCAGCCAGCGACAACUACACGACCUUGACACACCGACCUUUUUGGACAGCUUCAUUGCAGGCGCUAGCUCCGGAUCUCUGGCAGCGUUUGUCACCACCCCGUUCGACGUGGGAAAAACUCGCCAACAGAUUUUCCGACACAUGGGUGAUGGAUCGGGUUCUUCUGCAGGCACUGCUGCGCAGGGAGCUCUUCACCCUGAACAGCUGCCCUUACCGAAAUUCUUGAUGCACAUUUUCCGCGAGGAAGGCACGGCAGGACUUUUCCGCGGAUGCGUUGCACGCUGCCUCAAGGUAGCACCAGCUUGCGCCAUCAUGAUUUCAACCUACGAGUUCGGAAAGAAGAUGGCACGAGACGUCAACGAGAGAAGUCGCUCUACAGAUGAGUGAGCAGAGACGCUCUUUAGUCCGAACAUAGUUCAUAUCUCCUUGGAUAUGGCUCGACACAUACCGGCGUUCUUGUUUAGAGGCAGACCCGAAAUACCCGAAGCUUGAUCUAAGCAGCAUGCAUUCUCCACUUUCUUCUAUUAAUUAUCAUUGUUUGAUUGCGAUAAAGUCGGCGUGCAGUGCGUUUCGCCCGGCGUUUUAUUGAUGUAUGAUGAUACCGCAUUGUUAUAGAGUUUCUCUUCUGCUCUUCUUCUUUGCUCCGUCUUACAGAGCAUCUUCUUGUUUCUGCCUUUUCCUUCUAUAUCCAGCGUUCUGAUUGUAUAUUGGGUCUCGCAUGAGGCCAGAAGGGAGGGAGGUUUUGUUAUUUUCCGGAUAUAAAAAGUCUUCCAAACCAUGUAUA